AUUUCAGAAAAAUGUAUUUACGAAUAUUUUUAUAUUUUCUGAUAUUAAUUUGCUGGUUACUGGAGGUUCUCAGUUAUCAGGUGUGCCUUGGUUCAAUAUUACUCUCUUAUCUUGUAACUGGAGGAACCUACACUUUAUACCUGAUAUAUCACAGUGCUCCAAGAGAUUUAAGAGGUGCGUUUAGAUAUCUAAGAUUACUGAUCAUGGUUUAUUUCUACCAGAAGCAAAACCUGACAGUUCCUUCAGUUUUCCAGAGAACAGCAAACAAAUAUCCUAAUAGAGUCUGUUUACAUUUUGAGGACGAGAGUUGGACUUUUAAACAGUUGGAUGAAUAUAGCAACAAAAUAGCAAACUUUCUCCUGUCUGCCGGGUUCAAACACGGCCAGAGUAUUUCCCUCUUCAUGGAGAACCGUCCUGAGUACGUUGGAACCUGGUUGGGUUGCUCCAAGAUCGGAGUAGUUCCUGCUCUCAUAAACUUCAACUUAAGAGGGCAAUCCCUGAUACACAGUAUCCUUGCUUCGACCUCCGUAGCUGUGAUAUUUGGAACCGAGCUUGCAGAAGCUAUUAGUGAGGUUAGUGAAGACCUGGAGAAUAUCCGACUGUACAGCUCCGGUAGCAGUAGUAGACCAACAACCCGGAGAUCAUUCCACACCUGCUCUUUAGAUAGAGAACUCCAGAACCACUCCCACCACGAUGUGCCUGAAUCUGUGAAGAAAUGUUUAAGUUUCACUGAUAAACUCCUGUAUAUCUACACUAGCGGAACAACAGGACUACCUAAAGCUGCUGUUGUUAAAAACUCAAGAUUCUAUUUCUACUGUGGAGGUGUGUACUAUAUGAAUGCAAUGUAUAGAAUGAAUGAGUUAGUUUUCUACGAUCCUCUGCCCUUGUAUCACUCUGCCGGAGGAGUGGUUGGUAUUGGACUCAUGAUGUGUUUCGGAGCCACAGUUGUUCUUCGACAAAAGUUCUCAGUUAGAAACUUCUGGAAGGAUUGCAUCAAGUAUAAUUGCAAUGGAGCCCAGUAUAUCGGAGAGAUAUGUCGAUACUUACUCUCCGUCCCAGAGUCCCCAGAGGAGAGAAACCAUAGAGUUGAAAUCAUGUUUGGGAAUGGACUUAGACCUCAAAUCUGGCAGCAAUUUGUAGACAGGUUCGGAGUUAAAUACAUCGGAGAAUUCUACGGAGCGACGGAGGGUAACUCUAACGUCCUGAACAUAGACAGUAAACCCGGAAGUGUUGGUUUCACAUCCGUUCUCUUCCCGUCCGUAUAUCCGGUCUCAAUCAUCCGGGUUGACCAGGAAGGGAAUCCGGUGAGAGAUGAACGUGGCCUGUGUAUCCGGUGUAACCCUGGAGAACCGGGGGAAUUUGUCGGAAAAAUUAUAAAAGGACAUCCAUCCCGAGGGUUUGAUGGUUACGUGGAUAAAAAGGCUACAGAGAACAAAAUUGUACACUCCGUCCUGAGACAUGGAGACAUGUACUGCAAAUCCGGGGAUUUACUGUACGCAGACGAGUUCGGAUGGAUGUACUUCAUGGAUAGAAUGGGAGAUACAUACAGGUGGCGAGGUGAGAAUGUCUCCACUGUAGAGGUUGAAAGCGUGAUUAGCUCCGUACUAGAGCAGACGGAUAGUGUAGUAUAUGGUGUAGAUAUACCUGGAGUAGAGGGUAAGGCUGGUAUGGCAGCUAUUGUAGAGGAUGUUGCAAAGUUUGAUCUGGAAAAGUUCUUGAAAAGAAUCAAGGCUGAGCUACCAAUAUACGCUAUACCUUUAUUCAUCAGACUGGUUGGAACUAUUGAUCUUACAGGUACGUUUAAGAUCCGUAAGCUGGACCUGGUACGUGAAGGAUAUGAUCCAAAAAUAAUCUCUGAUCCUCUCUUCUUCUACAACGCAGCUGUCGGCAGCUAUUGUAAGCUUGACACGUGUCUUUAUGAAGAUAUUGUCAGCAAACGAUGUCAUCUUUGAUAUGAUGGCAGCCAGAGCUUACACUGUGCUCUCUCAACUAACCUCAUUUUAUCCAUCCUUUCAUCCAGUAUUCUUGAUUAUCCAUCCUUAAACUUAGUAUUCUUGAGUUAUAUCAUUUCAUCAUUCACCAGGGUAAAUAGAACUAAGGGGAGAGAGAUUAGGGCUUUGUUUACAUUUCCUGUGACGUACUAGGACUGCUUUA